CUAUCACGGAUGCAAAAGGUAUGACAUUACGCAUUGUGGCUGUCGAUGUUGGCAUGAUUAUCAUGGAUUAUUUAUUAGGCAAGCGUACAAUAUUAGCGUUGCACCCUUAUUUUAUAGAUGCUAAAAUGGACGUGAAUAUUCUAUUUCAUAUAUUUAGUAAUGGCCCUGGUGACCCAACAAUGGUAAAACAAACCAUUGAACGUCUUAAAGUGGCAUUGAAAGAAGCCAAAACUCCGAUUUUUGG